UUAAAUCUCCAAAGUAAGUAAGUAAGUAAGUUAGUCCACCAUACGCAUUGUUCACCAUGGACGUACCAUCUCACCUGCUUCAACCUCUCAGUAUCGACACCAACAUCGUCUACGACUUGGAUACCACCAAGUUCCCCGGUCUGGACCAUCCACAACACAUGUAUCAUCCUGCUCUGUUGGUAACGUCAACGGCGACACGACAGUCGUGGUUGUCGGCCCUGAAGCACGACGACAUCUCCGAAGAUUUACUCACUGAUGAUCUGUUUGAUCUUAUAGAAAACUGCUUCACAGAAAACGUCCAACAUCCUGUCAGUAGUGACUCCGAUUCCACAUUGGCCCAGAGUGUGUUUGAUGACAUCAUCGACUCAACAUCAUCUGACCAACUAGAAGACGACUUCAGUCUCUCAGAUGUCACGUGGUUCCAGACAGAUUCCUGCGCGACUUUCCCCUGCCCUCCAUCUGGCCAACAAGUGCACCCGUCUUCACCUUGUUGGGAUAGUUCAUGUGUCUCUUCUACAUGUACCAUGAGUCUGAAGAGAAAACGAGAAUCUGAUGACUUGGAUUUGGCCAAGAGAAGCAAACUGGAUGACCUCAUCAGCUCUUGGAUUUGUGUACCCAUAGAGACGUAUGACAUGUGUGUUCGAGGUUUCUAGAGUGGAUUUUAAAGGGUUGGCUGUUGCUAUGUUGGAAGAUGAUUUGUUACUUGUAACUGAC